AUUUUCUAGACAUGUUUUGUUUAAAUUUUUUUUUUUGUGAAAUAAUAUAAAAUAAGAUCAAAAUAAUAUGAAACAAACAUACGCUAAAUGUUGUCUUAUGUUAUCUUCGUUAUUAAUUUAUAUGAAUUUAUCUUCGUUAUUUUAUUUUGUCUGAAUCCAUUUAAACUUAAUUUACAUAAUUAAUACAUAAAUUUUCACUUAGUACUCAAAAAUGGACCUUUUUUUUUUUGUCUAAAAAUUAUUUGAAAAAAUGUUCUCUAUAUAAAUUUUCUAAUAUGGAGUCAAAACAUAUCUUAUUUAAAUUUAUUAAAAUCAAACUCAAAAAAAAAAAAAAACCGAAGUCAAAAUAUUUUGAGUAUGACCAUUUGAGUAUUUGACCCCAGCUCACCCUCUUAUUCUCUCUCCUCUCCUAAAUUGUUCACUUUCUGCGCCUACGAACUUUCCGGACGUUUCAAAUUCCUCCCCAAAAUUAAUUUCCCCCAAAAAAAUUCACCAAAAUCCUCCCUCAAUAUCACCAAAUCCCGAAAAUACCCCUUAUAACACCUCCAAAUUACUUGACAUUCAUUCAAACAUAUCCAAUCCUUCAUCUUUAUCCUUCUGGGUAAAAUUGUCAAAUUUACUAAACCCAUAAAUAGUUAAAGACAGCAAAUCGUUAAGCCUUCUUAGCUAAGACUCAACUUUCUCUUCCAACUCACAUUCAUUUCUUCAUUAUAAAUCCGAAAUUUUCUCUCUCCUCAAUUUUCUAGGGUUCCUAAAAUCCCCAAAUCAAUUGUAAAGUUAAAUUCGUUGGAUUUUGUGCUGAAGUUUUGAAGGAUUUAUCUCAGUUAACAAUGGCGAUUGUUGAAGAAGGAGGUGAAUUCGUGGUUCUAUCGAAGAUUAGAGCAGGGCAUAAGCGAGAGUUUCAAUUUGCUUUGAAAUCGCAAAACGAGAUUUCUGGGUUACUGAGUCGAACUCGAGUUAGGAAGAGUCCUGUGACUGAGGUGAACGAGUUGCAGGUUGUGAAGAAGAUGAAGAAGAAACCGGUGGGAAGGAUGAGGAAGAUGACGUCAUCUCCUGGAUUAAUGGAGAGUGAGGAUGAGGCGGAGAGUGAUGUUGUGGAUGUGGUGAGUGAUGACGAGUGCAAUCGUCGUCAGAAUGUGGAGAGUCAAAGGAGAGAGAAUGGGAAAGUCAAUGGUAAUGGAAGUGAGAGUGACGCCAUUGUUGAGGAUGAAGGUAGUAAUGUGACGAAGAAGGUUCCUAAGAAAUUGAAGGAGCUUCUUGAAACUGGGUUGUUGGAGGGUUUAUCUGUCAAGUACAUUCGUAGUAGUAAGAAAUUUCCGUCGGUUAAACGGCUUGCUGGAAUUAUAAGAGGGUGUGGGAUUUUGUGUUUCUGUGAUGAUUGCAAGGGCAUUCAAGUUGUAACGCCAAAUCAGUUCGAAUUGCAUGCGGGUAGCUCAAAUAAACGUCCACCAGAGUACAUAUAUUUGGAUAACGGAAAGAGCCUCCGGGACAUUUUGACUGUGUGCAAGAAUGCCAACCUGAAGUAUCUAGAAGUCUCGAUCCAAAAUGCAAUUAGUUCUUCAACUGAGAAGAAAAUUGCAUUUUGUGUCGAAUGCAAAGAACCUAUCUCUGAUGCUAGUAUUGGAAGAAUGGCGCUGCUUUGCAGCUCCUGCUCAGAUUUGGAAGCUUCUCAUAUGACCCCAAUUCGAGGCAUUAACACUGAUGAAAGAUAUGGCCAGCCUGUUUCACAGCAGAAUUCUUCUAGUCAUGCCUCAAAAACCAGCUUGCAAUCAACUAAAAGUCAGGGCAAGAUAACCCUUAAGGACUUGCGGUUGCAUAAAUUGGUAUUCCAGGAUGAUUUUUUGCCUGAUGGUACAGAAUUGGGAUACUAUGUUCGUGGAGAGAAGGUUUUGUCUGGCUACAAGCAGAAUUCUGGAAUUUUCUGUUACUGCUGCAAGACAGAGGUUAGCCCAUCUCAAUUUGAGGCACAUGCUGGUUAUCCUUCUCGCAGGAAGCCUUACCUCAAUAUAUACACUUCAAAUGGUGCAUCCCUUCAUGAAUUGUCACUCACUUUAUCAAGAGCAAGCCAAUUCUCAACAGAUGAUAAUGAUGACCUAUGCAGUGUCUGCCGUAGUUCAGGGAAUCUACUGUGUUGUGAUGGUUGUCCAAGGGCAUUUCAUAUAGAAUGCCUCUCUAUACCAAGAGUUCCACAAGAUAAAUGGUAUUGCAAGUAUUGUGAGGAUAAUUUCCAGAAGGAGAAAUUUGCUGAGCGCAAUCCAAAUGCUAUAGCAGCUGGUCGGGUCCCUGGAGUUGACCCAAUUGAACAGAUAACUAAUCGCUGCAUUAGGAUUGUUAAGACCCUUAAUACUCAAGAUAGUGGUGGCUGUACAUUAUGCAGUGUUCAAGAUUUUUGUAAAUCAGGGUUUGGACCGCGUACUGUCAUAAUAUGUGACCAGUGUGAAAAAGAAUAUCAUGUAGGCUGUAUGAGGAAGCACAAAAUGCAUGACUUAAAGGAGUUGCCUGUUGGGAAUUGGUUUUGUUGCUCUGACUGUGAAAGGAUCAAUACUUCUCUCAAGAAGUUGAUAGAGGAAGGUGAGCAAAGGCUACCAGAUCAUCUCAUUGAUGUGGUAAAGAAAAAGUUCAUUGAGAAAGAUUCAAAUGUAGAUGAUCUGGAAGUAACAUGGAGGGUUUUUAGUGGGGGAAAGUCAUGUCUUGAUAAGAUAAGACCAUUUCUUUCGAAGGCUGUCUCUGUGUUCCAUGAGCAAUUUGAUCCAAUCCGAUAUGGUGAACUAAAGCAAGAUCUUAUCCCGCAUAUGGUUUAUGGGAGGAAUUUGAAGGAAAAUGAAUUUGGAGGAAUGUGCUGUGCAGUGAUUACUGUGAACUCAAUAAUUGUCUCAUGUGCUGUUUUCCGUGUAUUUGGGAAGGAGGUGGUUGAAGUCCCCUUAGUAGCAACGAGUAAGGAUUGUGUAGGAAAGGGUUAUUUCCAAUGCUUAUAUUCAUGUCUGGAAAGAUUGUUUAAAGAUUUGGGUGUACAACGCAUUUUACUUCCAGCUGCUGAGGAGACAAGAUCAUUGUGGGUGAACAAAUUCGGUUUCAUUGAGAUGCCACAAGAAGAGUUCGAUGAUUUGAAAAAGUAUUAUGCCCUGAUGAUUUUUGAUGGAACCUCAAUGCUGCAUAAGCUGGUGCCUAGGUCCGAAACCUGAGGUGUUGAGAAAGGCUGCUUGUGGACCAAAAAGGAAGGGCUUUUGUUCAAAGUAUAUUGCUUUUGACUUUGUACAGACAGGAUAAAUAUCGGUGAAAUAGGAAGAACGGAUCUUUUGGUUUUCCAUACCUAUACAGAAAUAGAACUGAAAUCUCCAGUAGUGAGAAUCAGGAAGUUUUGAAAGAAAAAUAUAAGGCGUAGGAUUUUGAUUAGUGCAGUUUGCUUGUGGAAACUUACAGCAGCUGUUAGAACACAUUUUGUUGCAAAUAUGUAAAUAUUAUUAUUCUUCUUUUGUCAAAAGUUAAAAUUGUGUUAUUUUCAGUAAGCACAAGCUUCAUGAUCCA